GCGGAAUUCAGUAUCCCUGAACAAAAAUCAAUUGAUUUCACACGUUAAAGCUCACCAAUUGCCCAACUAGCGUAACUUAGCGCCGCCGAGUCGUUGCAAUGGACCGAUAGGUGCAAGAUCUAUCGGAUCCACUAAGACGAAUUGCCAAGAAAUGCUGCUACGGAGCUACAGUAAAAUCGGCGGGCCUGUAGGGAGCUUUCCCAAGCGGCGGGGCUUACCCAUUCUUAAGGCUACCGCCCAACCCAUCUCCCUUCCCUUCUCGUCCUCCUCCUCCUCCACCACCAGUCCAAGCUACCGAGCCAUCACCACCGCACCCACCUUCACUCCCGCCACAACGCCAGGACCCCAGUACGAUCCCGGCCCUCCACAGCUGCUGGGCCGCCGCCUCACCCUCAACCCCUUGCAUGGCCUGGUUGCCUGGUUAGGCCCCGCAGAGCAGGGGGGGCUGCU